AUGCCCGUCGCUCUUGCUCAGCAGCCCCAGGCUUACACCACCAACCCCAUCGACUCGCUCAAGGCUUCCUUGUCUUCUGUCACUGUCAGCGAGGCCCCACCUUCGCCCAAGAAGGAGAACGUCUUUGACCUCCGCUCUUUCGCCCACUUUGACUCCACCCCUUCGAUCGGUACUGAGUUCCGUGAGUGGAGCAAGGAUGGCGAGCCCAUCUUGUCGAUCCGAGAGAUCCUCGACAGCGACGAACGAAUCAAGGCUCUUGGCCGUCUCAUUUCUGAGCGAGGCGUAGUCUUCUUCCGAAACGCCAUCAUCUCCCCCGAGGAGCAGAAGGAACUCAUCAAGUCUCUCGGCCGUCUCGGUGGCAAACCUGCCACUUCCGGCUUGCACAUCCACCCCUGUACCCUCGCCGGCUCCAAGCUCGGUGACGAGGUGUCUGUCAUCUCCAACCAAUUCCACUUUGACAAGGAGUUCAAGAGGGAUGACGAUACUAUCCUCAAGAGGCCUUUCGGUCCCGACCUCUGGCACACCGAUAUCACAUUCGAACCCAUCCCCUCCGACUACGCCACCCUCCAAAUCCGCGAGCUCCCUCCCGUCGGCGGCGACACUCUCUGGGCCUCGGCCUACGAAGCCUACGACCGUCUCUCCCCCGCCUACCAAACCUUCCUCGAAGGCCUCACCGCCACCCACGUCGGGCAGCAGUUCAUCGACCUCGCCAAGAAGGCCGGUACGCCCCUCCGGGAACCGAGAGGCGCGCCGGAGAAUGUGGGCCAGCAUUUGAGCGCGGUGCACCCUGUUAUUAGGACCAACCCUGUGUCGGGAUGGAAGGGUCUGUUUGUCAACAAGGGGUUCACCAAGAGGAUCAACGAACUUACUCAGAGGGAGUCGGACAAGUUGCUGGAAUUCCUCUUUGAACACAUCCACGCCAACCACGAUUUGAUCGUUCGCUUCCGAUGGGAAGAAAACUCGCUCGCUAUCUGGGACAACAGAUCCACUCUCCACUCUGCUACCUUUGACGUCGACGAGAACAAGCGUACUGGUACCCGAGCUGUUUCUUUGGGCGAGCGGCCGUACUUUGACCCCAACUCGAAGAGCAGGAGGAGGGAUUUGGCUGAGAGGGAGGCUGCUGCUAGGCAGUAA